AGCACAGCCAAGCAGAUGGGGAAGGAAUGAUGGACUCACUUGUUUUAUAUAUUGCAUUUGGAGCCAUUUUAAAGAUGCCUAAUCUGUCUUCAGGAAUCACUUAUAAUGUGCAAGUGAAGGAGAAUUCAAGUUUCUCUUGCUAUACUGAACCAUUAGAUGAUACAGGCACAAAGCCCAAAGUCAUUAAAUUGUACCUUGGUUCACAAAAUUUGAAAAUCAGCUGUCAUCUAUAUAAUGUAAACCAGGAGGAUACUUUGGAGAACAGAAAAAAGCUUCUACUGUUAUAUACCUCAUUAGGGCUUGCUCCCAGCAUUCAGAUCUUCAACAGUACCUAUUCUGGGAUCUUCUACUUCAGAAUGAAACUGGGAAAGAAUCAGUCAACCUGGACUAUUGAUAUUCCAAGAAGAAACAUUACAUAUAAUACAGAUAUUGCUCCAAUAGAGGAAUGGUUUGUAAGAUUCACCAUGCAUCAUGGAUUAAAUAUGUUUGCUACUGAAGGAACAUUACUGGAUGUUCUGAGGGAGCCUCUUCUUCAAUGGCGUCUUGGCAAACCAAUGCAGUCUGCUCAAAUUAAUGCUCUAAUACCUUAUGUAAUAAAUAUCACAGUGUCAAAAUGCCCCUGUGCUAAUGAUGUGGCGGUAAUUGCUCUCAUAUGUAAUGAAACAGUGCAUGGUAAGUUGCAUAUCUGUAUGUUUGAAUAUAUGCACCAGAAAUCUGAAGACCAGUGCAAAAUAAUGUACAUUGAAUCAAACAGUUUGUACUAUUCACAUACUCUCUCAGGUUAUGAAAAGAUAGAAGUUCUUGCAUUGCCAGCUUAUAUAAACAUCUGUAUCUUCCGAAUUUAUUUAGGAGUUACCGAUUCUGGAUUUAUAUCUCGAGAUACAGUGUGGUUCAAUACGACAAAAAGCCUGUGUAGUGUCCUAGACUAUGAUUGUGCUGGCCUGUCACUUGUGAAUAUAAUCUUAACAAAUCAUCGGUUAAUAAUCCUCACCACGCUGGGCCUUUUUAUUAGUCAAGAUCUGCGCUAUCCAACAGGAAGAAUUUUAAAAUUCAACAAACCUAGCUUCUGUGGCUUUGAAAGGGAUGAUUAUUUCAGAGCAAAUGUAUGGUAUAAUGUUCAGUGUCUAGCUAACAAAGAGAGCUAUGAAGAGGAUUACAUUAGCAUUUCAUUCAACAAAGAUAAGACAUUAAGUCAGGAAUCUACCUGUUUCUAUAGUAAUGAUCCAUACAAAAACUGGCACAGUUGCUUGCCCUAUAAAUUUCAUGGUGGAAAGACAAUUUCUAGCCGAGUAGUAGCAUUUCUUGUUGACUAUCAGCAGAACACUGGAGUAGGUCUUAUAACUCUUCAGAAUAAAGCAAUGGUCUCAGUGUACAAGAUAACAAACCACAAACUGAAGAAGCAAACAAAAUUUCCUGUAUUCUGGUUUCCAGACCCUAACUUUGUGCCUUUUGGAAUGUUUUUUCACCCAGGAAGUCACUUCCUCUAUGUUUAUGGAAACCAGGUUUGGUUUUCUGAUGAUGGAGGCAACACUUUUAUGUUGUUAAUCACUCUGGAGAAUGAAAUAAUUAUAAAAACAAAUAUGUGUGUUUAUAGUCAAUCAAUUGCAUUUGUGACAGACAAGGAAAGCAUCUUCUUUGCUAAAGCAGGUUUAGAAAGAUAUGCCCGGCUUACAACAUCAGCAUUCCAUGUUUUCAAUUUAUACUAUGACCACUUGGGGUCUUUAAACAUAAUUUCUCUGAAUAAAUCGGUCUCUGAUAGUCUGGAAAUAAGCCUGCUUGAUGUUAUCACCCUAGUACAGGAGGAUGACAUAGGUUUUGAUAGCCCAUUGUCUCCACAGUAUAUCACUGAAGAACAAGUAGUAUUUUUUGAACAUAUUCCAUUGAAUGGAAAAUCAAGAAGUAUCCAAAAGUCAAGAUUUCAUGAGCUGCACAAAGGGAAACUGUUAAAAUAUCGGCCAAAAGGAUCAGGUACAAUAGUUAAUGUUUUCCGUCAUGAAUAUCCUCCACAAUUUUUAGCGUCUGUCAUCGUAGACAUUCAGGAGAGGUUUCCCUUUUAUUCUGAAAGCAACAACGCUUUUAUAUAUACAUCUUUAAGUAUUUUGAAGAUGUCAAACACCACCUCAGUUAAGCUUCAGCUUAUUCUUGAAGAUGAUGAGUGGAAGAAUUUUUCUCUUUCAAAACUUGAUGAAUUUAAUUCUUCUUAUAUUGAGAAGACUGUGGUGAUUCCUGGCUUUAGCAGCUUCCUGAUUGUCAAAAUUCUGAACACACUGAGUGCUUUGGCAGAUGCUACGAUGCCCGAGAGAGUCCCUUUCAACAAAACCUUUCCUUCAGGCACAUGGUUUGUGUAUGACUUUGGCACUACGAAUGGAAGAAAAUGGAAGAUUAUAGUAAACACUUGUAAAUACUGGGUACAAGAGCUUGGUAAUCAACCACUGAAUGCCAUUAAGUACCUGGAUCUUACCCAAACCUACAAUUUUAAAUUCAGAGUAACCCCUGUUAAUACAGCCUAUCCAGUCUUUCACAUGCCACUAAUGAAGCUUGUAGUUGGAAAUCCAUCCCUAUUUAAAGUGAAGACAAAAGAUUAUUGGGAUGACACUGAUAGUUACACGAUGGAAUUCUCUGUCACUAACAAUUUUUACAAAAAA